AUGUCGCCAUCACGCAAAGAUCCUUUGGCACAUCUAGCCACACUCGUCUCGCCUGACGAGUAUUUGACGCCAGAGAAGUCAGAAUCAGAGUAUGCCGCCGAAUCGAAGACGUGGUCAGCCGCACGCAACGAACACCCUGCCGUCGUCAUCAGGCCACAAACCAUCGAAACUCUGUCAAGUGUUAUCAAGUACCUGCACGACACCAAUUUGGACUACAAGGUCCGGUCUCGUGGCUUCGGCUCCGCUUCUGCACGCGAUGUAGUCAUAAGCAUGACAGCUUUCGACGAGUUCGAGUGGGAUGCAGCAACACAGACAGUGACCCUGGGUGCAGGAGCGAACUGGGGAAAGUACUAUGUCGAAAUGGAAAAAGCCGCACCAAAGCAGAUGAUUGUUGCGGGUCGCACGCCUUCUAUCGGAUACGGUGCGGUGUCUGAUGCCUCCAACCUUCAAGACGCACAGCUUGUGCUCGCUGAUGGAACCAUCACGUGGGCAUCGCAGCACCCAGAUCUGUUCUGGGCCCUGCGUGGCACAGAAGGCGGCUUUGCUGCAGUUGCCCGGUUCAAGUUCAACGCAAAACCAUUUCCUGAGAAUGGCAAUAUCUGGGGCGGCCCAAUUAUGAUCCCACGCGAGAAGGCUCCUGAAGUAGCAAAAGGUAUUGCUGCUAUGUGUGCUCGCGAGGACACAAAUCCCAAAGUCGCGCUCUUCGUUUAUGUGCUCAAAAAGGAAAUCCUCCACUUCCUUGGCGCGGACCAAGACAUGCUCGUGAUUCAUGCCUACGAUGCCUUCGGUGAGGAGCAUGGCCGCAAAGAAUUCGCAUGGGCACUCGACUUCGAAGGCGCGAUCGACAAAACCAGAAGCCAGAUGACUAUGCGGGAAAUGACCGACCUUCAAGCCAACCUGGGAGAGCUUCAAGGCAAGCAGUCCGCCUUCUGGACGGCAAUGGCAAUAGCUACGCUCACUGAAGACAUGGUCCUCAGCGCUCUCGACUGGUGGGCAACCGACAAUGCUCAGAACAAGCACGGCUCGGUUGCCGAUCAGGGCUAUCUUCUUUUCGAGCUCUUCUCGUGUAGGGACAAUCUGACUUCCCAAGCGUCGUCUGCGUGGCCGAGACCGCUGGGCUUCAAGCAUAUGGUGCUCAUCGGCUCUGGGUGCUCGGCAGAUGCACCUGAUAGUGACCUGCGAGAGGCGAAACGACUCGUCAGGGACGUAGGACCGGCAAAAAUCCUUGGUGCUGAGAGUGCUAAACAUAUGGUGGCUAUCCCUAAUGCGAUGGAAGACUUUCAUGACCUGAAAGCUAUCUACGGAGAAAACUUACCUAGGCUGCAGGAGAUCAAAAAGAAGUACGAUCCCAACAACAGGAUCAAGGGAAGGAUCCUGCCUGCUUGA